AUGGCAGACGGAAGACGGAACAAAAAAAACCACGGAAGACGGAAGACGGAAGACGGCAGACGGAAUUCCGCUCAACACUGGUCCGGACGUGGAAAGGGAGGAAAAGGCCUCGGAAAAGGAGGAGCCAAGCGCCAUCGCAAGGUCCUUCGUGACAACAUCCAAGGAAUCACGAAGCCAGCCAUCCGCCGUCUCGCCAGAAGAGGAGGAGUCAAGCGCAUCUCCGGACUCAUCUACGAGGAAACCCGUGGAGUCCUGAAGGUGUUCCUUGAGAACGUCAUCCGUGACGCCGUCACCUACUGCGAGCACGCCAAGAGAAAGACCGUCACCGCCAUGGACGUCGUCUACGCUUUGAAGCGCCAAGGAAGAACCCUUUACGGUUUCGGAGGAUAAUUUCUAUUAUCUCUUCGUUCCCUACGACAACCAACCGAACCCAACGGCCCUCUUUAGGGCCACAAUUGCCAAAAAUCCAUAUUUGCCUUGUCCUAUUUUAACUGAUGAUAAAGUUGUUUAUUUUCGCUUAAAAUUUUCAAAGUGAGCAGGAAAAAAAGAGCUGUCACGUGUUUUACAGAUCUUUGAAAUUGAUGGUCGAAAACUUCGCAACAUCAACCCACGUCUUCCUACCUCUGCCGUGUCCGUUGCAGAGAUGUUGGGAAUAAAAAUUUUACUCUACGGAACACGGAACACGGAAAACGGAAAAUUUUUUUACGGAACACGGAACACGGAACACGGAAAUACGGAACACGGAACACGGAAAACGGAAAAAAACUUAUUUCUACGGAACACGGAACACGGAACACGGAAAAUUUUUACGGAACACGGAACACGGAAAAAAUAUUGCAAAAAAACGCGGAACACGGAACACGGAACACGGAACACGGAAUUCCCAACAUCUCUGGUCCGUUGACAUCAUUCCCACCCACACUCCACCGAUUAUCUAUGACGAUUUCCGCCUUCCGAUGCCACCCGCUCGAAUGCAAAGAGCAGCUUCGCGCCUCCACAUUUCGUGGGUUAUCAGUGUCCAAGACACAGUUCAUAACACAUGACCAUGUGCUCCGAGCAUAUAUAAAAGAAAAGCCAAUGUGUGCUCCACACCAUUUGUCAUGCUCUUUUCAGUUAUUUCUUUUCUCGUCUGCACUGCGGCGUCUGCGACCUUCACUGGACCACUUACUCAGGAUUUCCAAAACUGGCUCACAAGGUUUUCAGUGUUUUCUUUGUAAUGAUGAGAAUACAAAAGGUUUUAGCGAGAACUACACAGUAUAUGACUUUGUUCGGAGCGACUAUGGUACCAAAGGAAGCUUCGGAGGAUUCUCGAACACGACCACGAAGGCCUCCAAAACUCCAGUGAUCUUCUUGCACGGCAACUCGGACAGCGCUCUUGAAACGUCGGUUUUUGCGACUGGAUGGGACAACUCGGUCGCGUACUUUGUGAAGCAGGGCUACACGACCGCCGAGCUCUACGCCACUUCCUGGCAGGAUAACAGUGCGGCGAAGGCGGGCACUCGCACCCACAAUUGCAAGGAUCUGACACGCCUUCGCAAGUUCUUCGAGGCAGUUCUCGCCUAUACGGGAGCGGCGAAAGUGUCGGUGGUCAGCCACAGUAUGGGAGUGACUCUCGGCCGAAAACUGAUUCACGGCGGCGCGGUGAACGCCUCGGACGGAGAGUGCAACCUCGGAGAGUCCAUCAGCGCCAAGAUCGAUGUUUUCGUGGCGAUCGCAGGAGCCAACUACGGUCUGUGCAGUUGUGCUGGCACUCUCGGCCUCUUCUCUGCCACGUGCAACAAGAAGAACGGCUUCUGGCCUGGAGACGCUUGUGGUGCGUACACUUCCACGUACUGUGGACUGUCCGCCGUUCCCUGCAACGGCCUAUCCACCUAUUCUCAUAUUCUAAUGGAAAUUAAUAAUUCGAAGAAGAAAGAGGCGUCGUAUGUGUUCAGUCUCUGGAGCAAAGGUUUCUUUUAAAUCCUUUCGUAUUCUGAUUCUUAUGCUAAUUUGUUUUCAGCUGACGACCUCAUCGGAAACGGUGACAUCGUCUGGGGCCGUUCAACUUCUCUAGUUCCGUUGAGCGACGGCAAGAUCAUCUACGAGUCCCUGAGCCACAUGCAAAGCAAGGAAAACACGGCGGCCGAUCAGUACAAACUAGUGACGACGAAGAAGAUUUAA